AUGGGGUUUGUCUCUGGCUUGCCGGGCCCCAUGCUCUCGCUGGGUUUGAUCCUCACUUGUUGCUGGUUGGUAGCAGCAGCAGAUGGUGCUCUUGUUGGGGCUUCUGAGGAAGACCCUUUGGUCUCUGCCUGGGCAGAAGGAGAAGGGCUCAUUGAUGCUGCAGGUAACGUGGAGGUGGAGGCUGUGCCUGAUACCGUUGGGGGGGGUAACUCUGCUGUAGCUGCUCCGUUGCAGCUCGAGUCGGGUGCUGCGGGGCAGCGGCUUACUGCAUCCGUUGGCGCUGUUACUGUUGGUGUCUCUGCUUUUCCAGCUAGUCCACCUGUUGCUGGUCCACCUGCUGCUGGUCCAGCUGCUGCUGGUCCAGCUUCUACUGGUCCAGCUGCUGCGGGUUCAGCUUCUGCUGGUCCCGCUGCUUCGGGUUCAGCUUGUGCUGGCCCAGCUGCUUCUGGUCCAGCUUCUGCUGGUCCAGCUGCUGUGGAGGAUGAGCCCGUUACCCCCAGCAGAGCGCCGCCCGAAUCCCCUGGAAGAGAAGGUCUUAGAGUGGGUGGCGCCUUUGGUGAGGAAGAAGCAGAAGAAGAGGAGGAAGAUGACGAAGAUGAGGAAGAUAGCGAAAGCGAAUGGGCAGUGCGCUGGGCAGACGAAGAGGGCGGAACACUUCACGAGGUUUUCAGCUUCGAGGUCCAGGACGACGAUGAGGAGUAUUCUUCAGGCGAACUGCGCAAGAAUGAAGCAGCAGGAAGAGGAGUUGGACCUGGUGGCACUAACAAGAAGGAUGUCCCUCGCCUGCCGCCUGCACCAGAGCGAGGCAUUCUUGUGGGGCCCCUUCCAGGCCCCCAAAGCAUAGACUGGGAAUUAUUGUUUGAAGUGUGGGAUUAUGACGAAGACCCAUACACCCCAACGGAGAGUUCUUUAGUUGCAAAUAUAUCCGGUUUGCAGGAAAUUAAACGGGCGCUCCCGCCGAAGGUUAUUUAUGCCGUCGUGCUGCUUGUUCUGCUGGCUUCUGCGCUUUCCAAUCCCAUUGCAGCAGCUAAGAAUGCUCGAAUUGCUGCAACUCGUAGAGAGAUUGCUGCAGCCAAAAGGGAGGGCCAUGCUCUUGCUGAGAAGACAAGGCUGCUGCAGGAGGCUGCUGCUGCUCUGCAGGCAGAAGGAGCAACACUUGCUUCGCUGCUGGCCCAGCAGCAGCAAUCCAUAGAUUCCCUCGAACAGCUGCACGCAGCUGUUGCUCCUCCUACUGAUGCAGAUCUGCAGGAGCACCAGCAGCAAGACCAACAGCGACACCAACAACAGAAACGGCACAACCGUCGUCAGCAGCAGGAACUGCAGCAGCUGCAGCAGCUGCAGCAGCAGGACUUCGGGGCCGACUGGGGGCUACUCUCAGAUCCUGUCGACUUCCGUCUUCGCUCCGUAAGGACUUGGGGCUCCUCUAGAGUUUUUGUUGAGAUGGAGCUGCAACGCCUAGCUACUGCCCUUGCUGCACAGAUUCAACCGCAAGAGCAGCAGACAGAAGCGACGGAAACAGCAACGCCAUCAGCGACAACUAAAGCGGCUGCAACACCAGCAGCGGGACACAUUGCUCAGGACGGAGCAGAAGCUGCAGAGCCACCGGCCGGUGAAGCAUCUCCAGCAGGAGACUCAACUGCAGCAGCAACAACAGCAACAACAACACCGCGGCCACCACCACCACCAGCGGAAGCAGGAGUGCAGCAGCUGCUGCUAGGCAAGGAGGGGAGAGGAGAAGUGGGACGUUUGCUACAGGGGACACGUACGGUGUUAACUGCUGUGCAGGCAGCAGCAGCAGGAGGAGCGGGUUCUUCUUGCAGCGUUAGGAAGGGACAGAAGCUGCUGGUGUACGGUUUACUGGUGCUCAGGCAGCAGGAGCUGCGGCGUCAAGCAGCAGCCUACCAGUCGCAGUUGAAGCAACUUUCUGAGGCUGCUGCUGCAUCAAAGCCGGCGCUGGUGCGGCAUCGGCAGGCGGUCUUGGUUGCCAUCAGCAAAUACCUAAAAACAGCGAGAGAGGCCUUGUCUCUGCAGGCGGAAGUUAGCGCAGCAGCUGCUGCCGCGUCUACUGCUGCCAAUGCGGAGACAGCAUCAGAGAUGGAGACAAGGACAGAGACAGAGGCCAAGACGCAGGAGAAGGUGGGGACAGAAACGGAGGCGGGGCCAGAGGCGGAGCUAAAGGAAGAGGGGGAGGGAGUUGAAGAGGAACGUCCAGCCGAGCAGGAUGCUAGUUUAGCCGAAGAUGCCGCUGCUGCUGCUGCUGCUGCGGCGGCGGCUGCGGCGGCGGCGGCGCCGAAGGCCGAGGCAGCGGCGGAGGCAUUUGGCAAGUUCAUAAAGCACCUGAAUUUAGAGGAUUUGAGCUCAGCAGCGGAAGUGCUGCACCAGCCGGCCAGCAGCAGCUCAGCAGCGAAGCUUGCUGCUGCAGUAGCAGAUGCAUUGCGUGCAGCAGCUCCGGGGUUUGCUUCAGCAGCAGCAGAUGAGGCGAUGCUGCAGUUUGCACUUGCUGACCUGCGGGAGCACACAGAUGCAGCAGAGCAGCAACUGCUCGGCACGAAACUAAGGGAUUCAUACGGGAGGCUCAAGGCGAGGCAGCGGCAGCUGCUGCAGACCCUCAAAGCUGCUCUCAGAGAACUUUCUGCUGCUGCAGCGGAUGCUGCAGUCCAGCAGGAACGAUCCAAGGUGUUUAGUGAUGCUGCAGCGAAUGCGAUGGAGGGACUUAGUGCUAUUAACUCCGUCAUCGCGCAGGCUAGACAAGAGGCUAUACAGGCCUGA